GAAAUUCAAGAAAAACCCUGGCUGUCGUUACGUAUGUUGCGAGACGUACUUCCCCUCCACUACGAUAUCACAAUGUUUCCAGAUUUUUACGAAGAUGGCGACCGCUUCCACGGAAAUGAAACAAUUGAGCUCCAAGUCCAUCGACCGACAAAGUUCAUCCUGAUCCACGUGCACACAGACUACAUGAACGUAACGUCCGCCGAAGUGAAGGACAACUCGACGCAGGCGCCGGUCAGUAUACGCAGGACUUUCGUCUACAAGCCGAAUGAGUUCUACGUCAUUGAGAUGUCGGAAACCAUCAGCUCUCCCGUGAUGGUCGAGCUGCAGUUUGAGGGAUCCAUGACCAAGACAAUUGUCGGCAUUUAUAAAGGGACGUAUCUGAACACAGCCACCAACCAGACAAGACACCUAGCGGCCUCCAAGUUUGAGCCCACUUUUGCCCGGCAAGCCUUCCCAUGUUUUGACGAGCCAGACAUCAAGGCAGAAUACAGCAUCACUUUGCUUCAUCGGCCUGGCUAUGUCGCUCUCUCCAACAUGCCAAAUACAGGAGAGAUCCGGGUAUUUGCCACCCCAGACAAGAUCCAGCAGGCGCAGUUUGCCCUGGAUAUGGCCAAGCACACGCUGGACACGUACGAGAGACUGUACAACCAGACCUACCCUCUGCCCAAACAAGAUCUGAUCGCAAUCCCCGAGUUUGUGUCUGGCGCCAUGGAGCACUGGGGUCUGAUUGCGUUCCGCGAGACCCGGAUGUUGUACGACCCUCUCCAGGCGUCUCUGGAUGACGCUGAAGACGUGGCUCAUGUGGUUGCGCAUGAGAUGGCGCACAUGUGGUUCGGCAAUUUGGUCACCAUGGCCUGGUGGAACGACCUCUGGCUCAACGAAGGCUUCGCCUCGUACAUGGAGUACAUUGGAGCAGCCACCAAGGAGACAGAGUGGGGGCUGAUGGACAAGUUCCUGCCACAGGAUUUUUUCUCCGUCAUGCCCCAAGACUCGGCCCUCUCGUCUCACCCAAUCAUCGUUGACGUGCAAGAUCCAGCACAGAUCACCUCUGUGUUUGAUGCCAUUUCUUACUCGAAGGGUGCAUCAGUGAUACGGAUGUUAAAGAGCAUCAUGGGAGAGGCCAAGUUUUUCGAGGGUGUGGGCCUGUACCUGCAGCGCCAUAAAUGGGGCAACGCACGCACCGAUGACCUUUGGGGAGCCCUUUCAGAGGUGGACCCUACGUAUGAUGUCAAGCACAUAAUGGACACCUGGACGAUCCAAGAUGGCUACCCGUACAUUAACAUAACACUGUCUACGACCUCAGACGGGACCACUACGGUGGAAGCCACGCAGAAGAGAUUUCUUCUCAACCCUGAAGCGGAACUGGAUCCAUCAGCCUCUACUUUAAGGUACAAAUGGUACGUGCCGCUGAGCUUCCAGACAUCGCAGGGUGAGAACGGCAGCAAGGUCAUGGACAUGACAGACAUCAAAUUCAGCGGGAACUAUGGUCUAAGUUCACCUGGCAGUUGGAUCAAGUUUAAUGUGGAUCAGCCCGGAUUCUACCGCGUACUUUAUCCAGACAGUCAGUGGCAGGCUUUCUCCCAGUACCUCUUGACUACAGAUAAUCAGCUAUGGAUCCUGGGCAUUGCAGACAGGGCUGGCCUCCUCAACGAUGCCUUCACCCUGGCGUCUGCCGGCAUGACGUCCUACGAUAUACCCCUGGACAUGAUGUCCUACCUGGCAAAGGAAGAACACGUCGUCCCCUGGAGUGCCGCCCUGCAGGGAGGCGUCAACUACAUACGGCGAAUGCUCCGAGAUGACCCAGACUACGGACUUUGGAAGAGUUUCAUCGCUGACAGGACCAGACCCAUUGUGAUGCGAGUGGGCUUCCAAGACACCGGAUCUCAUCUUGAAAGACAGCUGCGAUCCCUGGUUAUAUCUGUAGCCUGCCAGGUGGGAGACUCGUAUACCCUGAGCAACAUCACCGGACAGUUCCGUGAUUGGCUGGAUAAUGGAGUCACUCCAUCGGUUAACCUCCGGAGUGCAGUGUACAUAUACGGAAUGGCUAACUCGGGCGACGAGGCGGACUGGGAUCAAAUCUGGAACAAAUAUCUGGUGGAGAAUUCCCCUCAAGAAAAGCAAUUGUUGGCCAAGACCCUGGCUGCAGCCAGACAACCGCAUUUAAUUGCGAGACUUCUAGACAGGGCGUACCGCGGAGAAGGAAUCAGGACCCAGGACUUCUUCCUUCUCAUCAACACCGUAGGAGGCAACACGGCAGCUCGCAGCAUUGUCUGGGACUGGGCACGAGCCAACUAUCAGAACUUCAUCGACAGGUUCACCGUCAAUGACCGCUACUUUGGACGCAUGAUCUACUACAUGGUCAGAUACUAUAACACGGAGUUCAAGUUGAGAGAGGUAGAGGCAUUGUUCCGCGAUUUCCCAGAAGAGGGCGCCAGCAAACGAUAUCGCAAGAUGGCUGUGGAGAGUAUUCGCAACAACAUAGACUGGAUGGAAAAAUACCGCCCAGGGAUACUUCAGUGGCUGAGGCGUUGACCUUGAAGUUGCCUCUGGAAUGUACACUUACCAUUAAAUCUAUAUGUGUCAGGACGUGGUGGAAUCAGGCUCUUGUCAAUUUUUGGGCAAUAUGGAGUUAUUGGUAUCA